AUGAGCUCGAAUUGGACAAAAAAGAUCGACAAGAAAGCAAAAGACGCGAACGGAGUGCCCGAGUUCGUCGCCAGAAGCGGUCUCAUCAGCUUGGCCGUCCCGCAAUCAGCUCAAGUUUCGGAGCCGCAGCCGAGCAGUUCCGCCCUUUCAACAGCACUCUCGCUAGCCGAGGUCGUUCAAACGAUUGACGUAUUGUUCCCGGACGGUGGCACGCUCUCACGACACUUGCUUGAGCUUAUCGAAAGCAAAAGAUGCGACGAUGAACUACAGGGCGAGUUGAUUGAUCUACUCGGCUUUGAACAAUUCGAGAUGGUCGUUAGAAUAUUGGAGUCACGGAAGAGUUUGUGCGAGGAGAUUCGACGGAGAACGCGGAUGGACACAGUGAUUAGAAGUCAAGCGAACACGGAAAGAGUUCAAAUUCGACAAGAGCCGGCGAUGGGUCAACAAAUUAUCGUGCAAUCUCGCGGACAAGCUGAAUUGCGAAGGGAGAUCCGAAAAGAGCAGAAACGAGCGCAAAAGGAGCUGAACAAAAUACAGCACGCGUUUGGGGAAGAGGAACGGUUAGAGUUGGAACUUGCGCAAAUCCAGAGGCUGAAACUAAGGGAACUAGAAUUGGCACAAGCGCGUCUACCAUCAACUUUAAUAGCACCGCCAAAAAUCAAGGAAAACUAUCCCUUUGUCUUCGAUGUGCAAAAAGAGUCCGACUUUUCGACAAUCGUUUUGAACGGGUUUCGAUUUGCACUUCCCGAGGGCUCCGAGAGAAACGCUUACAAGACGUACGAGGAGGUGAAAGUGCCGGCCUGUCAAAAAGACACGUUACCCGAAAUACCCUAUGUCUAUGUCAAGGAUAUGGAUGAUUUGGGCAAGCUCGCCUUUAAAGGCUUCGAAAAGUUGAACAUGAUCCAAUCAAUCGUUUUCGAGCAAGCCUACAAGACGAAAGAGAAUUUGCUGAUUUGCGCGCCGACGGGUGCAGGAAAAACGAACAUCGCUAUGCUGACGAUUUUGAACACAAUACAUGAACACCGAAAACCGACUGGAGAGAUCAUGAAAGACGAUUUUAAGAUCAUCUACUUGGCACCAAUGAAAGCGUUGGCCACAGAAAUGACGGAGAGUUUUGGAAAACGCUUGGCACCACUUGGAUUGAAGGUUCGUGAGUUGACAGGAGACACGCAGCUUACGAAAAAGGAAAUAUCUGAGACACAGAUGCUGGUGUUAACCCCGGAGAAAUGGGAUGUGGUGACAAGGAAAGCCGGCGAGGAUUCCCUUACAUCACUCGUUCGCUUGUUGAUCAUUGAUGAGAUUCAUUUGCUUCACGACGAGCGAGGACCGGUGAUCGAGACGAUCGUGGCGAGAACUUUGCGACAGGUGGAAAUGACACAAAGUGGAAUCCGCAUCGUUGGCCUUUCCGCGACCCUACCCAACUAUAUUGACGUAGCGAACUUUUUGCGAGUCAAUCCCUACAAAGGACUUUUCUUCUUCGACGGCCGUUUCCGACCAGUUCCAUUAACGCAAAAAUUCAUCGGAGUCCGGAAGAAUGUCGGCAACGCCAAGGAAAUCAAUGAUGCAAUGGACGAGAUUUGCUAUAAUGAAGUGCUUGACUUUGUUCGUCGUGGUCACCAAGUCCUGGUCUUCGUUCAUGCGCGAAAUGCGACAGUCAAGGUGGCGAAUCGCUUCCGAGAAUUGGCGGCAAGUAGUCGGGGUGAUCUUGAGAAGUUCCUCCCUCCAAACAUCGCUUCGAAAGGCUAUAUGGCAGCAAAGAAAACGGUGCAAGCCUCGCGCAACCCGUUGAUCUUCUCAAAUUUCCAAUUCGGAAUGGGCAUUCACCAUGCUGGUUUGCAGCGAAGCGAUCGUUUAUUGAUGGAGAAAAUGUUCGCUCAAGGAUAUGUUCAGGUCCUCUUCUGCACAGCCACACUUGCUUGGGGAGUCAACUUGCCGGCGCAUGCUGUCGUGAUUCGGGGAACGGAUGUUUUCGACCAAGAAAAAGGAAUGUUUACCGAUUUGGGCGUGUUGGAUGUGCAGCAAAUCUUUGGACGAGCCGGUCGGCCGCAAUUUGAGAAUGAGGGUCACGGAAUCAUCAUCACCAAUCAGAAAGCCCUCGACAAGUAUCUCGGAAUGUUGAUUCGACAAGCUCCCAUUGAAAGCCAGUUCUUCAAGCGGAUACAUGACAAUUUGAACGCCGAGAUUUCUCUUGGCACUGUAUCAACGGUCGAUGAGGCAGUCGAGUGGCUCUCCUACACCUACUACCAUGUGCGAGCACGCGCAAAUCCGAUCGCCUACGGACUUCCGCAUAACAUUUUGGAUCGGGAUCCAAAUCUGCGCAAUCGAACUACUGAACAAAUUCGGGAUGUCGCCUCGGAGCUCGAUCGUCAGCACAUGAUUCGAUUUGAUUCAAUGAAUGGUUUCCUUUCGUCGGUGGAUCUCGGACGAAUCGCCUCGCAAUUCUACAUCAAAUACGAAACAAUUCAAAUGUUGAAUGCGUCGGCAGGAGAUCAACCAGUCAUCUUCAAUCAGUUUAUGCCCGACGACAAGGUGCUCGGAAUCAUUUCACAAGCUACUGAAUUCACUCAACUGAAGGUUCGCGAAGAGGAGAUGGUCGAUCUCGAAGAGUUGACGGCGACAGGAUGCUUUGUGCCAAUUCGUGGCGGUGGACUUGUGAGCGUGGCCGGGAAAGUUAACUGCUUGCUACAGUGCUUCAUCUCUCGUUGCUUGAUCACGUCGUUUUCCCUUUCGUCCGAGGCUCUCUACGUUCAGCAGAAUGCGGCUCGUUUGAGUCGAGCGUUUUUCGAGAUCUCGCUUCGACGAGGAUGGGCGAAUGCCACAAACUCUUUCCUGCACAUGAGCAAGUGUAUUGAGAAGCGAAUGCCGCCGAAUCAAUCGGGAUUAAGACAACUCAUCGAGCACGGUUUGAUCGGUUUGUUGGCUGUUGAGAAAGUGGAACGGAGAAAGAUCAAAGAGCAACAACUCUUGGAGUUCAACAAGUCCGAGUUGGGGCACAUGUUUUCGGUGGACGGACAAAAGCUCUAUGAUGCAAUUCACAUGUUGCCACGGGUCGAGUGCACGGCUGUAAUUCAACCAAUCACACAUACGAUUGUCCAAGUUCGAGCCACCAUCACGCCAUCGUUUCUCUGGCAUGAUCGACUCUUUGGGAAAAGUGGAGCGCAAGCCUUUUGGGUAACGUUGGAGAACAUCGACGAGAAUCUCAUCUUGCACCAUGAACGCAUCAGCAUUCACAAGAAAAAGGUGAUCGCUCAAGAAUCCCAGGAAUUGAUCUUCACGGUGCCGAUCCGGGACAAAGAGUUGGCAAAUAAAUAUCAAUUGCGAAUCGCGUCGGACUUCUUUGUGACGCAGGACACGACAAUCGCGUUGAGCACCCACAAUUGCAUCUUGCCCAAGAGUUACACUGGACAUACGGAUCUCCUCCCGCUCGAUCCAUUGCCCAUCUCAGCGCUGCACAAUCCGCCAUUUGAGUCGAUCUUCAGCUUUAAGUUCUUCAAUCCAAUUCAAACACAGAGUACUGGAUUCGUGAUUCGA